AGACAACCCAAACACUAAAGUCUCCUGCAGCCUACCAGAGAACCUCUGAGAACAGAGAAUCAGGACAGGAACUCUUACCUUCUGGACAACCAACGUUGGUUCACAAACAAGAAUACAGAAUGUGUCUGACCAAAAACCUCUAAGACUCACUACAGCCAAGAUAAAGACACAACUCAGCUGCACCAAAUCCACUAAUCACUGCACACAUUAGCACCAUGUGCUAACUGUGGCUAAAGAACCACAUUUACCAAGACAACUAUCCAGUACAAAGCCCUAAAACACACCAAGAAACACAUUAAAGACGAUUUUACUGCUGGAAGCUGCAAGCCAACGCCUAAAGAACAAACUAAAGCAAUGGAGCCAAACCCGGUUCAGUGGUGAAGAGAAGCAGAGGAAAUGUUUGUCUGCAGCUAAAUAAAGCAGGAAGACACUGAGCUGCUCAGGUGUUCCUGAUAACACCAAGCAGCCACCUGGACAGCCAAUAGGAACACAGCUUACUGGAAGUCCAGAGGGCUGGCUUAGUGAAGGAAAUUUAAAGUUGAAGCAGAAAGUUAACAAAGAAAGUUGAAAACCACCUUCUGAUACCUGAAAUCUCUGAGUUUUCACACAAAGAACACCUGAACAUGUCAAACUGGUUCCAUAGUAGAACCAUCAUUGUAAAAACGUCAUAGUAUGGUGUGUUGCUCAAAAAACAUUAGGACCCGGCUGUCAGGGGACAAACAUGUAAGAAACAUGAGAACAGAGAGAACCCAACCAGUAGGUCACAGUUUAUCAUCCCCCAGUCAUCUCCUGAAGUCCAUAUGGUGAGAGACAUCAGUAUCUGGUUGUUAAUUUACCAGAGGAUGCUUAUAAUCAUGCUGAUGUGGUCUGUACUCUACAGUAUUUUAGUGACUCAAUAAAUGCCUAAGUUGUUUUUUUUAAAUGCUUUUUAGUUUUUAAUAAACAUUUAACAGCCUAUAUGUAAUCAAUAAAUGGCCUUUGCCUAUCUUAAGAAAAAUUCACUCAGAACUCUGAUAUGUUAACAGUACUAAAUAAAUCAAUAAAUACAUGCAUACACACAAAAAUAAGUUAAUACAUUAACUGUGUUAAGAUAAGAUUUAGAUUUUUAAAAAAGUUGUUUAUGUUUUUGCAGAAUCCAGUAUUGCUCACUGGUUGGUCAUUACAUUUUGUUAGUUUGAUUUCACUGUUUAAAAUGAUGCCACCUCUUUUCAGACAGAACCUGUGAUAAUAAAACAAUACAAAAUUUUUAGUUCCGUGUUAAUAAAGCACUUAAAGCUUUAAGUAUGGCUAAAUGCUUUUUUCAAAAUUAAAUAUAUCACUCCUUAGGUGGUAGUGGCCCCAAGUUCAGUAAAGUUGGAAAGAUAUUCACAGAUUCGGACUUCCAACAUCAAUAACUCUUUAGAUAUAGGUUGUCAAAACAUAAACGGUGCCUCUUUCCCAUUGUUGCAAGGCAGACAAUGUGCUACAAGCCCAGUUUUAUCAAAAGUAGCUGUCUUUCAAGCUACAGGAAUAACAUUGGUGUCUAUGGAGUGAACAGGGUCCGUCUGCAAUUUGCAAAACCGCUGCAACAGUAAAGAGAGACAAAUAUUCAAUAACUUCACUCUUAUACAUUGUAGUGUCACUAAAAUCACUGCAGCCUUCAACUGGCUCCUGUUGACAAAGUGUUUUAACAGAAAUGUAAAUGCUGUAAUUUGAUUCUUUUAAUGAACCAUGUAACUUGAAUGGAUGUGAUGCUGGUGUGACCACAGUGCACACGUCUGAUGUUGCUCACAGUGGUCCAAGGAACGCUCAGGGAGUUUGUGUGUUUGCUCACACUCAGGAAAAAUUACAGGGAACAUUGGUCAACAGCACAACAAAGCAACGUUCAUCUUACAAUGAAGAGCAACAGACAGCUGUUAGAAAUGAAAGGUUUAUUAGCAGGACCUUAAUAUUAUUUCAUCUAUCAAAUAAAAUAACACUAAUAAGAAUAGGCGAAUAACAGCUGUGAUAACUGUAGUGGGGGAAAAGAGGCUGAUAUUGAUAAGAAACUGGAAUUAAAAUGAUCUUUUGUUGAGCAUGUGGAAAAAAGUUUAGCAUUUCAAGCACAUAGCUUCUCUUUCUUUUCAUGUAGCAAUGGUAAUAUAGCAAAUGGGUGGUUAAAAUGUUGAACUGUCCCUUUAACCUGUGAAAAAAGGAGACAUUUUUCCUGGCUCAGUGCGCUUUCACGCACAUUAAGUACGAUCAGUCAAGAUUAGUCUGUUACCUUUUUUGACAGCAAUCUAGGCAUUUUCCUGCUAUUUCUGACCAUUUGAUAAAUGAAAUGUCUGUUAAAUUUGACUAGAGGAAACUCAAAUGAAUAAAACUUAUUGAAAAAACAGUUUUUAUUCCUAAUUCUUAUAAUUUAGGUGCCAAUCAUUUGAAAGUCUCUUUGGGAAGCGUCAAAAAUAGGGACAGAAAUCUAUGAAUUUACCUGGAAUUUCUUUUACGCGCUGUAGAAACUGUAGGCUGCAGCGAAAUGGAAAGUGAGAAAAACGGUUGGAAAGAAACAGGAAUGUCUUCCAGGAAAACACAUGAGUUUGAGGAACGUAAGUCAUGUAGAUAAUGACCGAUCUGACUUAAACCGCAUUCGUCUCAUAGCUAUGACACAUUCUGGAAUUCGUGCGCAUUUUAACGUCCCUGCCUGCAAGAUUGACUUGUGUCACUUGUCAUUACACGCACGAUGCGUACGUGCACUGAGGCUGUUUGUGCUGUCGUUUGCGGGACCGGUAAUUCAGCUGAGGUAUUUUCAGGGCACAUGCGCUCUACUGCUUUCGCUUUGUGCAGCAGUGAAUCUGCUUUCAACUGAACCGAACCAGUACUCCAGAACAGCUGCUGAUGUGACGUGAUAUCUUUUUAAGAAGAUCUCUCUCUUCUCCUUCAGUGAAUCAACAUCAUGACGACACAGCAAACGCUUCUGGUCCUUCUGCUGGUCCUCACAUUACUGACAGGUGUGAUGAGUUCACAGGAAGCUCAGGUGUUACAUGUCAGGGUAGGUGAGAUGGUGGUACUAGAGUGCCCUUAUCUCAGUCACAAAGAUGGUGGUGCUACGCCGCUGUGGACCAAUCACUCCACCCAGGAUGUGAAUGUGAUCAACAAUAUGUCCACAUCAGCUGAGCAGAUGGAUGUGCUGAUUCAUGGACGGAGCCUUGUUAUUCUCAGAGCGACUAUAAACCAUCAGGGCAACUACUCAUGCACUUAUGGGAAUGCCAGCAGGCGGUUCUGUUUCGGGCUGACAGUGUACACAACACAAUCCAGAGAGCAUGGAGAGAAGAACCAGAACCCUUCAACAUGCUACACGCAACAGUCAUGCACAUUGAGAUGCCCUGCUGUAAAUAUCCCUCCAGUAAAUAUCACCAGCAACGGCAUUAUGUGGCACAAGGAGGGCGAGUCAUCGCCACAAAAUGGUUACUUUGAGAGCAUCAGUGAAAAAGACAGCAGUGUCUACACCUGCACCAGAUCUUACCUGUAUCGUGGUCAAACGUAUAACAUGACCUUUACAGUCUCACUAGAUGUCAAGCCCAGCAGUGAGAUACUGUCGCCACACAAAAAUGAAGCAUUUCGUGUAGAUUUGGGCUCAACGGUGGUGAUUAACUGCACAGUUUUUGUGAAUUCAGACUUUGAUGAUGCGUUCUGGUUGAGUGACGGAUCAUUUGUAGAAACAGACAACAGCUUUCCAGUCUUCUACAAUUCUACGCGAGUGAAAAAUUCCAAAGAGGAAAAGCUGACAGCAUCUUUAGUUUUCACAAAAAUAUCAGAGGAGGACCUGUUGAAAAAUUAUACCUGCAAACUGGAAUCUAGCCACCAGUCCUCCAGCUUUGUCACCAUCACCCUGACUAGAAAAGCUCAUCAUUUCCCCCUCUCCCUGACUCUGUGCAUUGUGGCCAUCGUGGCAGUGAUUGUCCUAACUAUAGGUGGUGCAGUGAUCUUAUCUCGUGGUUGCAGCCGCAGCAAAGGCUGCGUAAGGCUGAACAGAGCAAAGAGGAGCAGUUCCCACCUCUCCACAUCCUGGUCCAGGGUCUGACCUGCUCAUCGACAUCCACAGAGCCCGGAUGGAGCUUUAAAACUGACACAGUGGAAGUGUCAAACACAAAAUCAUUACCAGACGCCUUAAAACCUCUUAGUGAAGCUGGAGACUGUCACCUGGAAGGGCGGGAGCUCCAUGCUGCCCUCCUCCUCCUUCUGUAAGUGGUUAUUAUAUACCUGCCCCACCAAGACAUAUGUCAGAAAACUACAUAGGAUGAUAUGAUGUCAGAAUAUUACGCUGACUCAUUCAAUUCAAUUCAAUUCAAUUUUAUUUAUAUAGCGCCCAUUACAGGUCAGAUUGUCUCAAGAUGCUUUACAGAACCCAUAUGCCUGAACCUCCAGAGCAGCCCUAAGGAGACAGUGGCAAGGAAAACAGAAUAGAAUAGAAUAGAAUAGAAUAGAAUAGAAUAGAAUAGAAUAGAAUAGAAUAGAAUAGCCACUUUAUUGUCAACCAGAACAUACACUAGUUGGUGCACAUUAUGACUGAAAUUCCAAUGCAACAAGCUCACCAUCGGACUGAUAAUAUGUAUGUAUAUGUAAAUACACACACAUACCUGUAAACAUGCACAUCCGCACAUAUUUCUUUUACAGUGAAGAUGUAGCAUCAGUAUUGCACGUACAUUGUAAAAAGUAGCAGCAGUUAUGUUUUCACAGUGACCCUUUUAACAGGGAAAAAAACCUUGAGCAGAACCCGGCUCUUCAUGUGGGGGGACCCAUCUGCCUGCUGGCCGGGCGGGUUGAGAGGGACAGAACAGGGCAAAGGGGUGGAGAGGGGGAGGGAGUUCUGCUAGGAUAAUAUUGUACUAUCAGGUCUUUAAGAUAUGAUGGAGAUUGGUUGUUAAGAGCUUUAUAUGUCAGAAGAAGGAUUUUAUAUUCUAUUUUAGAUUUAACAGGAAGCCAAUGAAGAGAAACCAAUAUAGGAGAAAUAUGAUCUCUCUUGCUAACUCCCGUCAGUACUCUGGCUGCAGCAUUUUGGAUCAGCUGUAGAUGUUUCAGAGAGCUUUUGGGACAACCUGAUAAUAAGGAAUUACAGUAGUCAAACCUUGAAGUAACAAAUGCAUGGACUAGUUUUUUUGCAUCACUCUGAGACAGGAUGUUCCUGAUUUUCACAAUAUUUCUCAGGUGGAAAAAGGAAGUCCUACAGAUUUGUUUAAUGUGUGAGUUAAAGGACAUGUCCUGGUCAAAGAAAACUCCGAGGUUCCCCACAGUAGUACUGGAGGCCAAUGUAAUGCCAUCCAGAGUAACUAUAUGCUUUUAAAAGUGAGUUUCUAAGAUGUUUGGGGCCAAAUACAAUGACUUCAGUCUUGUCUGAAUUUAGUAGUAGGAAAUUAUAGGUCAUCCAGGUCCUUAAUGUCCUCAAGACAAUCUUGCAGUCUAGCUAGCUGAUUAGUUUCAUCUGGCUUCAUAGAUAAAUACAACUGAGUGUUGUCAGUGUAACAAUGGAAAUUAAUGACUAUGUUAAGCUGUAGCAGUGUUUUUAGUAUGUAACUACAAGAUGCCUGCUUUUUUAUUAUUUAUACCAGAGAUUUUUAUUUAACUUACAUCACUUUUAACAGAAUUCUAAAUAUAACUCAAUAAAUUUUGCUUAAUAUAUUUAUGCCUUAAAGCUUAUUAUAUGUGAUACUCGAUGAAAAUUCUUACUGCUGCUGUCACUCUUAUGAUGUUCUCUGUCCCAUCUUCAUCCCUGCAACAUAUUUCUGCUGUAUUUCUAUACACUACCAUUCAAAAGUUUGGACACACCUUCUCAUUCAAUGCUUUUUAUUUAUUUGUAUUAUUUUCAGCCCUGUAGAUUAAUACUGAAGGUUAGCACUUUUUUGUUUACAACUUAAUUCCAGAUGUAUUCUUUUAUAGUUUUGAUGUAUACAGUAUUAAUCUACAAGGAAUACAACAAUGAAAUAAAAGCCACUGAAUGAGAAGGCGUGUCCAAACUUCUGACUGGUAGUGUAUGUCACUAAAUGCUUAAGGAAAUGAUAGGGAUUGGUUGAAUACUACUGAUUAAAUAGACAUUUUGACUCAUCAUAAUGGACUAAAAAGCCCACGUGUUUGUGUUUCACUUUUAAAAUCUAGUAAGCCAGGUUCACAGGAAGUCAGCAUGCACAAUACCAGGACCCUAAGAAUGAAGGAACUGAAUGAAAAUUAGGCAAUGCUAAUGAUUUUUUACUUUUCUUGUGUAAUAUGUGAGCCUGUUGUCUGUGGGAAAAUCCUAUGAGAUGUCAAAAGGUUACUUAAUUGUUUAAAAAAAUGCACUUUUCUGUAAUUUCUGCUGCAUCUCAAUUUUUUUACACUUAUAUUAAAACAAAUUUUUGAUACUCACAA